AUGGAUAAGCUCCAGCAAGACUACCCAUGGACCAAACCCCCUCUCAUAUCAUGUGGCCCAAUGCGCCUGAUAGCACUGUCCCAGCUUGCCACCGCAGUCUCCAGCGCAGGAGGUCUAGGCUUCCUAGGAGCCGGCAGCGACGUCUCCACGCUUGCCUCUGAGUUGGACAGAGUAAAGGACCUCGCUGCUAAAGAUCCCACAUUACGAAAAGUGAAAGACGUCCUCCCAAUAGGCGUAGGCUUCCUCCUCUGGGCUGGCGACGACCUCCUCCAAGCCACCCUUCCAAUACUCAAAGAAUACACACCCGCAGCAAUCUGGUUCUUCGCGCCCUCUACACCCCAACAACUCCAACGAUGGACGGAAGGAUGUCGUCGAGCCACAUCCAACACCUCCAAAAUCUGGAUCCAAGUCGGCACAGUCGCGGACGCCGUCUCCGCAACCAAAACCUGCAACCCCGACGUCCUAGUAAUCCAAGGCUCAGACGCAGGCGGCCACGGCCUAAUGAAAUCAGCUGGUCUCAUUUCCCUCCUCCCUGAAGUCUCUAAUGCGCUGCAAGACCUCUGCACAACCCACCCAGACAUCACGAAACCGACUUUGAUAGCUACAGGCGGGAUCACGGAAUCCCGAGGCGCAGCCGCCGCACUCGCUUUAGGCGCUGAAGGAAUCUGCAUGGGGACUCGGUUCCUCGCUACUCCUGAAGCGAAUAUCAAACGCGGAUACCGAAACGCUGUUCUGGCUGCUAAGGAUGGCGGGGUGAGUACCGCUCGAGGUCAUUUGUAUGAUACUUUACGCGGUACCACCUCGUGGCCUGAACGGUAUGGCGGGAGAGGAGUCCUGAACCAGAGUUGGAGGGAUGCGGAGAAGGGCAUGAGGUUUGAGGAGAAUAAGAAGAAGUAUGAGAGUGCUGAGAGGGAGGGUGAGGAUCAAGGUUGGGGGGAGGAAGGGAGGAUGACUACGUAUGCUGGGGUUGGGGUGGGAUUGAUUAGGGAGGUGAAGCCGGCGGCGGAAGUGGUGGAGGAGGUCAGGGAGGGGUGUAGGAAAGUACUUGGGCGACUAGGCAAGCUGUAG